AGAUAUAGGAGUUGGGUGGCGUGGAGACGGCAAGAAGUCCUCUGUUGUCAGUGCGAUUCCUCCAGUCACUCGAAGGCGAGCUUCACGGAAUGUUCAGGUGUUUAAUAUCCAGUGUUUCUUGGGGUUUCCAUUGAAUUGUUUUAGAACAACUUUGGACGGAUUUGGAGUUUUGUGAGGUUGAAUCAUAUGAUGAAAUUCGAUUGACAGCGUCAUGACACAAAAAUACACUAUUUUAUUUGCAAUUUUCACCUGCGUAUCAGUAAAUCUGGGUCAGGUGUACAAAUCAAGCCCUAGUAUUGAUAACAACAAUGCAGUGGAAAUAGGAGAAUUCGCCGGCGAAUUGGAGGCGAAUAAGAGUGACUUCAUCACUCAAACUGUCUACGGUUUUCUCGAUUUUACGACGACCAUUGGCAAUACGGUGAUGGUCUUCAGUCCGCAGAGUGCACCACCAGACGGAGAGAAGCCAAAGGCUGUCCCUGUGAUUGAAACGAAGCCAGUGAGUCUAAAGAAAAGUAUCGAGAUUCAACCGAGUAAAACCCACAAAAGUGACAGCCAGGGUGAGACGAAAAAGCCCUUGAAAAAUACAAAAAUCAUCGUGAAUUCAGUCGUCAACAAAGACCAGAAAAAAACUGAGUCGCCGAAACCAUCCACGGAAAACACCAAAGGCCCAGUACUCUCGACUGUUGUUCAGGUAGUCACUGACGGUGAGAAACCAGUAAAAAAUAAUAUCGCUGAACCGGAGUACGAUUAUUUGUCGAAACAACCGACCGAAGUCGUCGACGAGACUUACAAGUUAAUAAAUUUGCGGCCCUCCUCGAAAGUUCCCCCCAAGCCUCGAGCAUCGCCAAAAAAGGAUAAAGAAAAUCCAACAGGACUCGUAACACGACUAGGUGGAACCAUCGUUAAAGAUGGUCUGACAACAGUCCACGAGACAUCCGUUCUGGGUACUUACAUCAACGGAAAAUACGCCCAAGUACUUCAAAGUACAUCGAGAAUUUUGAAGGGCGGAACUCCGGCGAUUCCUGAGGGCAAAAUUCGACCCACAAAUUCUCAGAGGAUUCUGAAGACAAUUGGACCACAGCAUGGAAAAUUGAAGCCACAGUUGGAGCCGACUCCGGCUCACCAGCAGGAGGAGUCCUCUCUUCCGCUUGAAGGUCUCUUCAGUCCUCCAUCUGGAUCGAGUUCAAAAACAACGAGGAGACACUCAGCUCCCCAUGUACGUCCGAAAUUCAGGAAUAAAAUCUAUGAUGAUUUGGAGAAUUACGAGGCUCCACAACAGCCGAGAAAUCAAGGAAAAAAUGGAGCUACCACGUCCAGGCCGAGUUACAAAAAUAGAUCAUUAACAACGACAACAACAGAGGCACCCGUGUCACGUCGUAGAUCAGGCUAUCGUCCCAGUACUUCCCAGCAAUUCGCCUCUCCCUCAAAAGCCCUUCGCCCUAAAGAUCAGAAUCAGAAUUCCAAUCAAAGUCCAGUUCCAAAAAUCAAAUUGCCACGGACACAGGGCCGUUGGUCCUACAAGACUACUCCAAAGCCCCGCAUAGCCAUCAGAAAGCAAUCCGAUGACGAAGAAAGAGUUCCAACGCUGGAGCCUGUUACGAGUGAACCGACAGUGGCGAUUGUGACAGAUGACAAAAUUUCCCCUCUCCUAUAUUCUCCAGCCGCACAGAAAAAAAUCCAGGAAGUUGGCACGUACGAUGAUGAAUUGGACCCCAGCGAGACAGAGGAGGUAUCUUCAACAAGUGUCCAAAGUGAUUCAGCACUACCCGAGGUCAAUCUUCCGAUUGAGACACUCAACGUUGAAAUAUCCACUCCAGCUGACUUCAAUGAUGUUUAUUUUGAAAUAGCAACCAUCAAAUCUCCUUAUGCUUUUCAGGUGGGAACGAUGAAGAAUACUCGAUACAUAACAGUAACAUCAACUAUGAAGAAGACAUUUGCAACAAUGGAGCCAUCGACUACAUCGACCCCUACAGAGCCCCUCACCGAGAACCUUCUGGCAAACACUGGUGCAGCAUAUGAGUCAUCACUUCCCCUGGACUCAUCGGUAGCCACCCUGCCAGCAAUAACUCUAGAGUCAGGCCAGGCCACACCACCGCUGACGAUCCUUAAAGAAAAUUUCACGACGACACAAACCCUAUUGAAAACGCACUUGCUACCAGUAGUGGCUGGAGGUAACACGUCAACAAUAACCCUAGUGCAGACUUACAACAUUGCCAGGAUGGUGACAGCGACAAAGACGUUGCCCCCCUCAGAGAUAUAUCAAUUCAUUCCUUCGAAAACACUGAACGAAUUCAACACAAAACUGGACGAGGCAGGAAGUGAACUCCACCUAGAGCUGGAUUUUGGUGAUGAUGACAGGGACGACGAGGACAUUCCUAAGCGAGUAGUCAUCCCCAAUGCCGAGACAGACGACCUAGAUGUUUUCAGGUCAUCAGGAAAGCCAAAGGACUCCCAUACAAUAUCCCCUCCAGAGCCCCAAUUGACCCCAGAGCAAGCUCAACAACUCGCUCUACUCAAGUACUUCGGCCAACAGCAACCAGCACAGGUGAUCACAACUUCCCGACCUGUCAUUGUCCUGGAGACUGUUUACGAGUCCCACAUUAUUCCCCUUGUUAGCAAUGGAAAUACUGUGUACUCAACACUCUCCAAAUCAAUUUUAACAGUACCACGUACGUCGUAUGAGAUUGGUACGUCAACUCUAUCCCCAAUAAUUACCCCUCAGGUGCCGCAAAUACCGCAGGUACCGCUGUUCCAGCAGCAACCUCAGUUCACUGUCACCAGUGCACCCUUUGUCACACAGACACUCGCCACUGUGUCUGAUUCUAGAGUACUCAAGCUGACCUUUGGUGCGAAAACGGCCUAUACAACGCUCUUUUCGACGAAGGUCGUGCCUACUGAAGUUACUACUUAUAUCACUACAACACUUCCUGUUCAGCCUACUGUACCAGCUUUUCCGGGCUACUAUCCACCCCCUGUUGGGUAUCCACAAUACCCCUUUGUGGGCUAGAAUUUUGAACGUUUAGACGAAGCCAUUUAGUAAAAAAGUGAUGAAACGUAAAUAAUGAGGUAAAUUUCCUCCUAAUGGAGGAGAGGCUUGAAUGAAGAAAAAUUCAAUUUUUCUAAUUUUUUAAUAAAUUUACAGCCCAAAGUUGAAUGGAAAUUUUAACAAAUCAAAACUCAAUAUCUACGAAGCGAUGAUUAAUGUCAAUGUGCUAUAAUGAAUUAAAGUGAAAAUGAACUCCGCAAUAUACGUGAAUUUUUAGAAUUGUCUUUAGUUUUGUAAUUAUUAAUUUUUAUUUAUGAAAUUACUUCCAAGUAAUUUCAUGGGUAAAAAUUAAUACCGGAAAAAUCACAAUUAUAAAAUUUUAUGUCGGCAAAUGGCUUCCAUUGUCCUCCAUUGUUUCAAUAAUUUAUUUAUCUGCGAGAAACCUAUGGGGAUAUGAAGGUUGAUUAAAGAGCAAGGAGGCCCUACCCUGUGAGAUAUCACGUUUUAUCACUUUAUUACUAAAGUUAACUGUUCCGAGGAAGGAACUAGUUUCCAUUUUCAUCCAUUGGGUCUUAAAAGUCCAGUGACACAGGUUUUGUACAAAGUGCACAUUUGGAAGAAUUUGUUAUUCACUGGGAGGAUAUAAAGUAAUUCCGUUUAAAAUGGAAUGAGAAAAAAAUGUCCGUCAGUUACGGACGGAUCGGAAGCAGAAAAAAAAUAUGAAUGACGAAUUAACGAGGCGUCUUGAACUACACUACACUGUAAAUAAAUUAUUAUUUUACCCAUUACAACCAUUAAUUUUAUGUAUAUUAGAUUUUUGUAAAUAAAGGAGAGCGAUUAUUCAGUAAAAUCAUUCAUACA